AUGGCAAUCACCAUGAAAACUUUAAUUGCAUAUGUUUUCACUGUCCUCCUCAUCAUCUCUUCUGUUCAUUGUCGUAUGACAACAACAACUAGUCCAGGUUUUGGAAUAAAGCAGCAGGAUAGACAAUGCUUCGAGCAUGCACCAUAUUUAUGUCGUGGCGGAGAAGGCGACUGCCGUAUGUAUUGUAGAGAUCUUGAUUUUUCUUUUGGCACAUGUUUUUCUGGUGUAUGCUGUUGUCAAAUUUAAAUACAAGUAUAAGCAAAAAAAUAAACCAAUUUACUAUUUGGUAUCUGCUUGGAAAUUAACGUAUCAAUAUUUAUCAAAUGUUUUGAUUGUCC